AUCCGAGAAAGAGCGAUGCUGCUGCUAGAGAGACUCGGCCGCGGUCUAGUGACGUACUUCCGGCCGCGCCGCGGAGCGGCCAGCUUCGGAGGUCAGUGGGGGAACAGAAAAAGCCAAGACCCUCCAGUGCACCCGAGAGCGGAAGAAGCCCGGAUUUUGGAGGGCACUGUCUUCUGGAGCGAUGUUAGUUCCAAAAGCUCCAGUCCUCCUCUGAGAGGGAGAUCAGGUGAUGGCAGCCAUGCUCCUGACAUCCUGGCCCGAGAUAUUGAUAUCCAGACUGACAAUAAUUUGACAGAAGAAACGUAUGAAGAAAAAUAUAAUAUAUCAUACGAACUUCAGAGGAACUCUUUUAAGGAAACUGACUUUUCAGAAACCUAUAUUCUAGAGAAACAGCAGGACGUCCACUCAGUAGGAAGUGUGAAGAAAGAAAACAGCAAUGUCAUUGACAGGAUGGUGAAAGACAGUACUAGCCCCAUGGAGGAGUGUUUCUUUAGUCAGAGUCCAAAUUUGAAUCAGUGUCAUAUCAUCUCCACUGGAGAGCAGCCCCCUGAGUGUACAGGACUGGAGAAAGCCUUCAGCUUUGACACAAAACUUAUUCAACAGGAAAUAAUUAAUUCUGGGGAAAGACCUUUUAAAUGCGAAGAAUUAAUGGAAAACUUUAGCUAUAACUCUCAACUUAAUCAGGGUCAAGAUAGCUACACUGGGGAGAAGCCCCAUCAGUAUAAGAAGUGUGGCAAAGCCUUUAGCAUCAAUGCAAAAUUAAUUUGGCAUCAAAGACUUCACAGUGGGGAGAAGCCCUUCAAAUGUGUCGAGUGUGGUAAAAGCUUCAGUUACAGUUCCCAUUAUAUUACACAUCAGACAAUCCACAGUGGGGAGAAGCCCUAUCAGUGUAAGGUGUGUGGAAAAGCCUUCAGUGUUAACGGGAGUCUAAGUAGGCAUCAGAGAAUCCAUACAGGAGAGAGGCCUUAUCAGUGCAAGGAGUGUGGGAGCAGCUUUAGCUGCAGUUCUGCAUAUAUCAUACAUCAGAGAAUCCACACUGGAGAGAAACCUUAUGAGUGUAAUGACUGUGGGAAAGCUUUCAAUGUUAAUGCAAAAUUAAUUCAACAUCAGCGGAUCCACACUGGAGAGAAACCUUAUGAAUGUACUGAGUGUGGGAGAGGCUUCAGGUGCAGUUCCCAGCUUAGGCAGCAUCAGAACAUCCACACUGGAGAGAGGCCCUUUCAGUGUAAGGAGUGUGGAAAGGCCUUUAGUAGUAAUGCAAAACUCAUUCAGCAUCAAAGAAUUCACACAGGGGAGAAACCCUAUGCGUGUACUGAAUGUGGAAAAGCCUUUGGCGUCAAAGGGAAAUUAAUCCAGCACCAGAGAAUCCACACAGGUGAGAAACCCUAUGAGUGUAAAGAAUGUGGCAAAACCUUCAGAUGUAACUCCCAGCUUCGGCAGCAUCUGAGAAUCCACACCGGGGAGAAGCCCUAUGAGUGUAAUGAGUGUGGAAAGGCCUUCAACGUUAAUGCGAAAUUAAUGCAGCAUCAGAGGAUUCACACUGGGGAGAAACCAUUUGAAUGUAAUGAGUGUGGGAAAUGCUUUACUUCUAAAAGAAACCUACUCGAUCAUCACCGAAUCCACACUGGAGAAAAGCCCUACCAAUGUAAGGAAUGUGGGAAAGCCUUUAGCAUCAAUGCCAAACUAACUAGGCAUCAGAGAAUACACACUGGGGAGAAACCUUUCAAAUGUAUGGAAUGUGAGAAAGCAUUCACCUGUAGUUCUGACUAUAUUGUACAUCAGAGAAUCCAUACUGGAGAGAAACCCUUUCAGUGUAAGGAGUGUGGAAAAGCCUUCCAUGUUAAUGCUCAUUUAAUUCGGCAUCAAAGAAGCCACACUGGGGAGAAACCCUUCAGAUGUGUGGAGUGUGGCAAAGGCUUCAGCUAUAGUUCUGACUGUAUUAUACAUCAGACAGUUCAUACUUGGAAGAAACCGUUUGUGUGUAAUGUGUGUGGGAAAGCCUUCAGGUUUAGCUUCCAACUUAGUCAGCAUCAGAGCAUCCACAGUGAAGAAAAGUCCUAAUAAAAGGGAUGUAGAAAAUUGUCGGCAUUAAUGCUGAACUGGAUCAAGUGUCCUCAGAUUCACCAUGGUGGAAAACCCUGAAAGGGAAAUUAAUAUGGCUGAGUCUUCAUAAGGAAAUCUUUUUCAUUUUACUCAAUUUUAAAUCAAGAAUGAUGACCAGUUUUCAAAUAACAUCCAAAAAUAAAUAGUUUGGUUUAUACCAACAACCAAUAGAAAAUAUAAUGAAGGAAAAUAUUCCAUUGCCAAUAGCAUCAAGAAGAGUCAAUUUUCUGGGUAUAAACUUAUUAUGUAGGACUUAUGUGGAGAACUUACAGAUCUCCACUGAGGGCCACAGAAGGGAAGUUAAAUAAAUGGAAGAGAGCAAUACCUUCUUCUUAGAUAGAAAAACUCUAACUACUUACCUAAAUUAAUUGCCGUUUAAUUUUUGACAACAAGCAAGCAUCAGUUUGUAAAGAGGUAUAACAAUAAAGCUUUCCUUAAGGGAAAAAUAUGAGUAAAUCUUUUUAUUUUCAUGGAAUGGAGAAAACCUUUCUAAGCAUCAGAUGAAAGCUAGAAACCAACCAUGAGGGAAAAUAUUAAUAAAUUGGCUUUUCAAAAUUGAAUCUUUAUGCUUCUGUUUUGAAUAACUCCAAAUAAAAAAGCACCAAAAGUGGGAAUACAUUUGUAAAAUUUGUGUUAUUAACAUGUAGUACGUAAUUUACAGAGAGAUCUUACAGUUAAGAGAAAUUCUAAAACCCAGCAAACAACAAUAGCAAGCAGCUUUUAAAAAAGAUAUAAAGGUGACUAAUAAAGGAAGAUGUUCAGUCUCAGGAGUACUCUAAGGAGUAAAAAUUAAAAGCAUACAGUCACACAUAGUAAGCCCUCAAACCUCUGUCCCACAUCAAGAUGAACACAGACUCUCAGACACACAGUAUACCCCACAGCACCGCUUUCCCCAUACCUGCUCCUGCACUCUGUAGCUCAGAAGACCAGUGUUUUCUGGGAGUACUGUCUUGUGUAUCUCAGAGGAACCACUCCUGCCAGAAAGCUAAUGACAUGGUGUAGCACCUCAGCAGAAUGUCCAGGACCACUGUGUAAGUGACCCCUCCCCACCCAACUCCAGCUUCUGGAAGCUGCAUAUGGGUGGAGGCAGACCCUGGAGGCCCCCGGACACAGGAGAGCAUAGUCCUUCACCCAGUCAUUUUGGCCUCCUGCUCUGGGCAGAUCUAGACCACACAGGCCCAGAAGUGCCCCAGGCCAUAGAAUCCAAGUUCUUCAUUUAUUUACAGAAACACUGAAAACCAGAGACAGAUGCCACUGCCCCUGGUCACACAGCAAAUCAGUGGCUAGCUAAUGCGUCCCAUUACCCAGGCCAGAGAAGAGGGUAGAAGGCCGUGGCUCACCCCACCCCACCUAGGUCAUGAAUAUUCUCCAGCUAGUCUCUGGAUGUGACAGGGGAGAUGGGGACAGGAAGUCCUGCAGUCCUGGCUCCAGGUAGAGUCUUAGCACCGUCUCUGCUGUGGCAGGACCAAGGCAGGGACUCUAGGAAGGCUGAGAAUCACUGAGGACAGAACCUAUCUUCCAGAUCUGCCCCCAAAUCCUGUGUGAACUUGGCCUCUGGGUCUCAAGGUUAUUGAUCUGCAGGUUUGGGGCUGGACCUAGGGCGUAAGGCCCAUCUCACCCAGACGGCUCCUGAGAGUUUUCUCCCUCUCUGUAGCUUUGUUACUAUCUAUGGCAAGUCCCCUGCUUAGAUCCCAAGGAUACGGGGGUGAAGAAAGCAGAUAACCGCAGUCUCAUGAAGUCAUGUGGCCUCUAUGGCCCAGAAGUCCUGACACCCUGUCACCUCGAUGUUCACUACUCCAGUGAAGAAGCUGCCUGGGUCCAGUCGAGGCCUUCCAGAGACUAAGAAGAGCCAUGGCACUGGAGACCUCGCAAAAGCGCUUCUUUUCUCAAUAGGAGCCAUGAGCCUGGAAGGGUCAGGAUUAAAUCAAGUGUCUCUCUCAGUCCAGAUCAGGAGGGAAAACUGAGGCUCAGAAGAAAACAUGGCUGCUUCAGGGCAUCCAGCAGGUCUGGGAAGCCUGGCCAGGGUUACCGAAGUGCCUGGGGAAUCCGAGAAGAGCGAACUUCCAGUCUUCGCCGCCGCGAGCUCCCUGAAGCCCCUUCCGCCUUCUCUCGGGCCCUAUUCGCACCACAGACCACGUGGUCUCAGCAAAUUCCCACACCUCACAGGGUUCCUGGGGCUUCCGCCCGAGGUCUGAGCCGGCUCUGUGGGGGCCCGGCGUUCUCCGCCUGCUCCUAGGCUUCCAGGGCCGACUCUGAGUCCCGCUCCGGCUCUGGUUUACACCCUCCCCUCCCCGCUCACCAGCCCCUACCCUGCGCAGCCGAAGCCCAGCCUCCAGGAAGCCCUCCCAGCGGCGCGACCACACUCACCUCUCUCGCCCCUCUCCUCGGCUCGCCAAGGGGAUCGGGACGAAUUGGGGACUCAGGAUCUGUGUGGCAAACUCAUUCAUUUCUCAAGCCCUGGAACCAGGUGGCUCAGGCACUUCAUUGACC